AUGUGGCAGGUGAAAGAGCCGAACUUCAGAGCGUCAGCUUCGCCCCAGCCGGGGAAAACAACAUUAAGAACUCCUCUGAGAGAACUUAACCUGCAAUCAUGUGUCAGCACUAACUCUGGUAAAACGCCACCUUUGUGCUUAUCAUCAACCCCAACACAGUGCGAGCUGCCUCUGCAGAAAGGACAGAACAGCUCAUCUUCACUGAAUUUUGUCAGUACGAAGAGGACAGAUUCCCCUUCAGAGCAAUUCAUCUCUCCCUCAAAGUGGCUGGAAGCUGGUCAGCAUGAAUCAGAUAAGGAUCUCCCACAUCAGGUUCCUAAACCCAACUCUGCUCCUAGAACAUCGGAGGAAGCAGUAUUCCCAGGGGAUAACUGUCUAGUUAAAACUAUGGUCCUAACCUCCUCUCCGGUGAGUCAGCAGCAAGUCAUUACACUUGGGACUCCUUUAGAUGUCAUUGCAGCGACAAACAGCUUCUCUCUAGAUGAGCCUUUGAGAUCAGAAGAUCAGAUGAGAGGAGGGGCGGCACUCUGUCCAGAAGAUAGCUUUUCUAAAGUUGUUGCUACUUUGUCUGAGGAUCCUCCAUGCUGUCUUUUGGAAUUUUUACCAAAUCCCUGUUCUGAGCAACAAAUACACGGCUCCCAGGAAAAUUUGAGAGACAGUAGGACUGAACCUGUACCUGAAAGUCCUGUUUUGCCAGAUUUAAUGCUCCAACUUUCCCUUUCAACUUCUUUGGAAACAGACUUCCCUAGUAAUCAUGUGGACCCAGGGGAAGAAAUUGGAGAGCACAUAGCAAUAGAGGAGAGAGAAAUGGGCUUUUCAGCUCUCUCAGAACAAGUGGAAUUGGAAGAUAAAGCACUUGUCUCAGCUAUGGAAGAUAUUCUGUCCACAUGCCUGACACAAAAUCCAGUAGAAAUAAAAUCUGAGGAGGUUCCAGAUACAGCAGUAGAAGAUGCUGGUAGGAUUCUUGUCUCUGACACUGGGCCCUGGAUGUCUCCACUGAAUUGGCUGGGAAAAGGUGUAAAUACCUCAGUCAUGCUGGAAAAUCUCUGUCAGAGCUUAUCCCUCCCUUCUGUGCUUCAAGAUACUGUGAUUAGCGCUUCUCCUUUCACUACUUGCUCAGUGGGGACUUGGUUUACUCCCCCAGCAGUACAGGAAAAGAGUACAAACACAACACAGACAGAUGAGGGCAAUAAGGACAAAGCUCCUUCUGAAACAGAGCACCUCAUGCGGGGACAUCCUCCAGACCUGACUGCUUUGUCUCGACAUGACCUGGAAGAGAACCUGUUGAGUUCGCUUAUCAUUUUGGAAGUUCUCUCUCGCCAGCUGCGAGACUGGAAGAGUCAACUGGCUGGCGCUCACCAGGGAGCUCAAGACAGUAGCACACAGACUAACAGCUCUUCUAGUGAGAUAACUAAGGCACCUCAGCAGCUUCAGAAUUGCCAGGAAAUUGGACGGAUGCUGCAACAGGCCAGGAAUUUCAUGCAGUCAUGGGUGCUGGUCUCUAAAGAGGUAAUAAACUUGCUUCACCUUUCCCUAGUGCACUUAGAAGACGAUAAAGCUACUGUGAGUCAGAAGUCUCAGCAUGCUAAAGCCUUGGUCUCCUGCUGUUUUGAUGUGUUGAAGAAAUCUAGAGCAAAAGUCCAGAGCCUCAUAGCAGAAAGGGAGGAGGCAAUGCACAAAGAAGAAAUGGCCCUCAGAGGCAAGGAUGCGGCAGAGACAGUGCUGGAGGCUUUCUGUGCACAUGCCAGCCAGCGAAUCAGCCAGCUGGAACAGAACCUGGUAGCUAUGCGGGAAUUCAGAGCUCUGCUGACUGAAACCCAAAACCAACUGGUAGGGCUUCAUGCAGAGCAAGAAGAACUGGCUCAGCAGACAGAUAGUCUUACUUCUACUUUGCAACAGGACUGGGUAUCCAUGCAACUAGAUUAUAUAACAUGGACAGCUUUGCUGAGUCGGUCUCGACAAGUCACGGAGAAACUCGCAGCCAAGAGCCGAGAAGCUCUACAGGAACGUAAUGCUGCAAUUGAGGAAAAACACAAGGUUUCCAGGGAGCUAGAACAAGUCUCUACUAAUUUAGAGAACUGUAAAGGCCAACUAGAACAGUUGGAGUUAAAAAACAGCCAUUUGACAACAGAUCUCCAGGCUCAGCUGCAGAUUCUGGCCUCCAUGGAAAGCCAGCUAAAAGAACUACAGGAUCAACAUGCCCAUUGUGCACAGGACCUGGCCAUGAAAGAUGACAUGCUCUGCCGGCUCACCCAGAGCAGUGAGGAGCAUGCUGCACAAUGGCAAAGGGAAGAGAUGGCACUAAAAACAAUGCAGGCAGAGCUGCAGCAGCAACAGGCUGUUCUGAGCAAUGAGGUCCAGGACCUGAAGGAGACCUUGGAGUUUGCAGAUCAUGAGAAUCAGGUUGCCCACCUGGAGCUGGGCCAGGUUGAGUGCCAAUUGAAAGCUACGCUGGAAGUGCUCCGGGAGCGCAGUCUACAGUGUGAGGACCUCAGAGACACUGUGGAGAACCUGAAGGCUAAACUGGCUAGCACUGUAGCAGAGAACCAAGAGCAAGACUUGGAGAGGAAACGCCAGUAUUCCCAUGAGCUUGGGGUGCUGACUGAGCAACUACAGAGCCUGACCCUCUUCCUACAGGAAAAUGUAAAAGAAAAGGCUGAACCAGAACCACCUCCAGUGAACACAGCCUCUGCUUUUGCCUGGGAACACCCUCUGCCCAAUAACAGCGCCUUCUUGGGAAGUGUCUUAACAGCAACGGCAGAUGAAGAGCCAAAGUCAGCUCCUACGCACUUGAUUGGAAGUGAAAAAAGUGCUUUCACCCGAGUAACAUCCAUGGCUUUUCUUCAGCCUACAGAGAACCCAGACAUGGAGAAGAGUCUGGCAGAAAUGCAGACUAUGACUCUUGAGCUUCAGAACCUAUGUUCCCUACUGCAAGAGUCCAAAGAAGAAGCUGUCAGGACUCUGCAGCAAAAAAUUUGUAAUCUGCAAGAUAGGCUGCAGGCCCAGGAAGAACAGCAUCAGGAGGCCCAAAAGGCAAAGGAAGCAGACAUAGAAAAGCUGAACCAGGCCUUGUGCUUGCGCUACAAGAAUGAAAAGGAGCUCCAGGAAGUAAUACAGCAGCAGAAUGAGAAGAUCCUAGAGCAGAUAGAUAAGAGUGGUGAACUCAUAAGGCUUCGAGAGGAGGUCGCCCAGCUUACUCGCUCCCUUUGGCGUGCAGAGACAGAGACAAAGGUGCUCCAGGAGACCCUAGCAGCCCAGCAGGACCCUGAUUGUCAGCCCAUGGCCACUAACUGGAUCCAGGAGAAAGUGUGGCUUACCCAGGAGGUGAAUAAGCUGAGGGUGAUGUUCCUGGAAAUGAAAGAAGAGAAGGCAAAACUCAGGGACAAGUUCCAGAGCCAUAGAAAUAUCCUGGAGGAAAACCUUCGGCUCUCUGACAAGGAAUUAAAGAAAUUAGAUAACAUUGUACAGCAUAUUUAUGAGACUCUGCAGUCCAUUCCAGAGGUGGUAAGGGGCUGCAAGGAGUUACAGGAAUUGCUGGAAUUUCUGAGCUGA